CACUGUGAAAAUCAUAUAAAAUCAAUUAUAGUUUUAUAAAAUUAUCGUUUAAGUAAUUUUUGAAUAGGAAAUAUGAAUUAAUCGUGCAAUUAAUCGUGUAAUAUAAAAAAAAAUAACACUUGCGAUAUCAAUUUAAACAGACGGAAAGGCGAUUUAAAAACAAAAACGAGACAAUAAUAUCGAAAUCCUCGAAGUUAUCGAUCUAAUGAACAGCCAUUAUGCUGGAAUAUAUGAACCAAUCUAACGAUUCAUUUUUAUCCUGCGAUAAGCUUAAAACAAUAUCAAUUUUUUUAAAGAAGGGAAGAACCACUCAGAGUAGAGUAAUGGAUUUUAUUCUAACGAUACUUGGCUGUAUAAUCCUGAAAAUUGAUAAUCAAAUCUACUUAUAUGAAUUUAAGGAUAUUUUCAAUGAUAGAACCUUAAAAAAUAUAAAGAAUGACCUGGAAAACCUUCUGCAUUUUAAAACUAAAUUCUUUAACUUUUUAAUCAUGGAGUUAUUAUUAGAGACUAUUAAGAAAGAAAAUAAUUAUUUUAAUAAACGUAUCAAAUUCAAUAGAAUUAUGAAGAUAUCAAAUAAACAAUGUAACAAAGAAAUUUUUCAAAAAAAAGUCAAGGAUGUUAUAAAAUUUUUAAUUUUUCGAAAGAUCGAGAAAUUUUCUUAUCUUCAUGAUGAUAAUAGUGCAUUGGAUUAUUACAAAGAGAAAAUUGAUGUUAUACUUAGCAAUGAAAUUCGUCUAAGAGAUAAUAUAAUAAAUAAAAAUAUUAAGGAAAAAAACGAAGAAAAUACAAUAAAUUUUAUUUACCAUGAAAGAAAAAAUGAAUCUAUGAAUAAUGUAAACAAUUCAAAAAAAUCAGACUCAAAAAUAGAGUCUAAUUUCUACAAAACAUCAAGUUAUACUUGCUUCGAUUAUUUUUGCAGUAAAAUUUAUUGGUUGCUCUGCUAUGCAUGGUUAGGAAUUUUUAUAUAUUAUUGUUGCAUAUCUUUUUUUCCAAUUUUCCCAACAUUGUUAAAUAUUAUACAUAAAUUGAUAAAUAAUAAUUCAUAAUAUAGUAGUUGUACAUAAAUUAGAUAUAAAUUUGUAUUAUUUCGUUUAAAUUGUUGUUAAACAUGUUGUUGAUAUUGUUUUCUUCACAAACAUAAUAUAGGAAUUAUAUAUGUGCAUAAUAUAGG